AUGCAAUUUCUCCGUUCGAUUCUCCUCGUUUGCCUCGUGCUUUCGGUGAUUUCGGCCAUGAGGCUUAGGCGCCCGAUCCGUGAGGCUGACUCUGAAGAAGUGCAUUUUCCGUCAGCACAUAGCGGUCCAUGUAGUGACAACGAGGCGAAAGCCGGGUGCAAACAGGAAAAAGUUGGCAGCGAUCCUGUGUACAUCGAGUUUGUGUGCUCUUGUGAAAAAGAGAAU